GCCAUUUUAGCCUCCAACCGCUAUGACCAAAUCGGUUAAUCUGCUUUGGUGUUGAACCGUUUGACGACCGUCGAAAACGAGGUUGUUGUCAUUAUGGCGGCUUCCCUAGCAAAGUGACGCUUUGAAUUAUUUCUAAGAAGCAAAUAUGAAGAAGUUUUUCAAAAACAUAACGAAGAAAUCUCAAGCAAAGGGUCCACCAACGGAGCUUGACACAGGAGCCAAGCCGAGUGGUACAUCUUCGUUUAUUGGAUAUGAAAUAAAGGAGAAAGAACUUGGAAAACUUCACAAGGCUGCAUGGUUGAAUGAUUACGACAAAGUCAAACAGUUAGCCAAAAAAGAUCCCAGCUGUCUUGACAAAGAAAAUAGAACACCCUUACAUUUGGCAUGUGCACAAGGUAAUGCCAAGGUGGUUCAGGAGCUCUUGGAAUGGAAGGCGAAGACCAACAUUGGUGACAACAACAGUAAGACUCCACUGAUGAAGGCAGUGGAAGGUGGUUUUGCUGACUGUGUGCAACUACUUCUAGACAGCCAUGCAGAUGUGGAUGCAGUGGACAAAGAAGGAAAUACAUGUCUUCACAUGGCAUGUCUUGAUGCCACUCCUCAACUUGUAACCAUGCUGCUGAAGAAACAUGCAAAAAUCAAUACCAAAAAUAAGGAGGGUUUAUCCCCUUUGCACAACUCUGUCAUGGGGAAAAGAGAGGAUCUAUGUCAUCUGCUGCUCAGUCAAGGGGCUUAUGUUGACAGUGAAGACAGCUGUGGCCGAACUUGUCUAAUGAAGGCAUGUCAAGAGGGUUCUAUCAACCUGGUCAGGACUCUGUUAGAAUUUGGUGCUGAAACCACUCACAAGGACAGCAAGGGUUGGACAGCUGAUGAUUGUGCAGUCAUACAAGGUCAUCAUGCCUGUUCCCAGCUGAUAUCUGACCACAAUCUCAGACAGAACAUGGCAAACAGAACUCCUUCAAGCACCCCAAGAUCUUCUCUACCUCCCAGUGUAGCAGCCACACCAAGGGACAAAAGCCUGGAGCUUGGGCUACCAGCAAUGGAUGCUACAGGUGAUGAUUCUGGUGAAGAGACACUUAGCAAAGGUUCUGAAGUACAAGCAAAAGGAGGGGGAUAUGAUGAUUCUUGGGGUGAUGAUACCGACCUCAGUCUUGCAGCAGAUGACAAAAAGUCCAAGGAUUCAUCUGACACUGAAGAAGAACUAAGAAAGGAAGAGGUGCCAGUAGCAAAAGUGAACCUUACCAAGUUUAUCCCUCACAGUGAUGAUGGAGAUUCUUCAAGAGCAUCAAGGAUUGAUGAAGUAGAGGAAAAGGACGAAAGUGAAUCAGAAUUGGAGAAAUCAUCCUUGCAUAAGCGAGAUUCAACAAAGUCAGUGCAGUCCAAUACGUCAUGGGAGGAAGGCUCAUCAAUGCUGGAGCCUCGCAAAACUGCAUCAAGAGUCUCCUUCAAGAAGGAUGAGGAGCUGUCUGAAAUACAUGACAUGACAUCUCCAUCAGGAAAAGUUGGUGCUUAUGUUCCUUCUGGAAUAUCUGGAACAAGCAUGCCUACAAAACCUAUAGCUGUGGAGAAACAGCAAGCCUUCAUGGAAGAGCUUGGAAUAAGUGAUGCUGAUGACAUCAGUGAAGCUGACAUCAGUGAAAUGUCUUGUGAUAAAAAAAAGCCUCCAGUGAAGAGUGAUGAUGACAGUGACUGGGACUCCAAUGUAUUGUCAGACACUGUGACAACUCCACGAAUAGGUAUUCUGAAGAAUUGGAAGGUAACACCUGGAGAUUACAUAGAGAAACCUUUGGAGCGAGUGUCAGAACAUGUCCAUCAGGAAAAGAGCCUGGAAACUGGAAUACAAGCAGUCACAUCUACAUCUGUGAAGACUGAAAUGACAGUACAAGAAAGGAAGGAGGAUUCCAUGUCAGAAUGGGACUCAGAUACUGAAUUGGUCCCAUCUAGCACUGCCCCAGCUGUUCCAAAACAGCCUGUUGUUGCCCAUCUGCACAGUCUGUCAUCUGAUGAAGAUGUGAACACAGAGACAAUUAGUGAAUGGGAGAUAGAAAGGAAGAAACAGAAGGAAGCUGUAAAUGGACAAGUGACUACCCACAGAAAUGAAGAUGACAGGACAGAAAUAGCAAAGACGAAAUCAAUGGAAGCUGUCAUGAUAGAAGUUGAGGACAGCAAGUGGAAGGAGAAAGUGGAAAGCCAGGCAGAUGUUUGUGCUUCUGAGGAUAACAGGAAACUGGAAGUACUGGGGCAUGAACCAGUGGGAGAAAAUGAUGAAAAUCAAAAAGAAUCUGACGAAAAAUGGUCUGAGGAGGAAAUCCAGAUAUUCUUUGGGAAACAACAAAAUUCCAAAUGGGAGGCCCAAAAUGCACAAAAGGCCAGUAAUGACGUCAUUUUCUUUCAGGAGGAACAUGAUGAAAUGGAGCUGUCAGAAAUCUCUGUUGUGAGAAAUAAACUACCUAUAACAGCUUCACAUGCAGGAGCUCCAAGCAUUGAUGGAGAAGAGAAAUGGAUAGAGGAUAAAGUUGAAAAAGAGGACCAUGACAUGAGGGACAUGAAGAGCAAUGUGGACACAUUGAACUUGUCUGAAUCAAACCAAAAAUGUGCCACAAGAAGUCAAAUCCAAACAACUAUGUGGCAACAUUCUGUCAAUGCUCCACUACAAUUGCAACCACCACAAGUAUCAACAUCACAGAGGCUGAAGAAACAAUUGCAGGUUCCAUCCUCAAGCCAAGUCAUGUUGCAGAAUAGGAUGGAUGAUUUUGAUGAUGAAGAUUCUUAUGCUUCUGAUAAUGGGAAUCCUGACUCACCUCAAGUUAGGGACAGAGUUGAUGUAAGCUCCUAUUACCCAAAUCUUCUUGGUGCUGGGAGUUCAGGAUACAACCUCAGUUUGACAGCUGAAGAUGAUGCCCUGUCUUACACCUCCACAGAAUUUGAAACAGAGAGCAUUGUGAUGAGCAAAGCAGCAGACUAUUCUUCCUUUGACAGAGAUAUGCUUCUUAAUCUUAAUAUGAAUGAUCCAAAGACUCUACUGAAACUCCAGGAGCAUCACCGAGAGCUGAGACAACAUUUAGAACAUGAGAAGAAUCAGCGGGUUAUGCUUGAAAAUAAGGUCAAACUGCACAGUACUGAGAGAACUGAAUUCUUGAGGAAAGUUGAACUCUUGACACAGCAGAAAUCACUUCUGGAGCAGGCAAAGCUGGAUAAUGAAGCCAACAUCAGAAGUCUACAAUACAACAUUACUGAGGAGGAAGAGAAACGACGCAAUGCAGAAGUUCUGUUAGAGAAAACUAAGGACCAGCUUAAGCGAAAAGAAGAGAAAUAUACCAGUUCUAUUGAAGACAAGCAGAAGGCGGAACUUGAGAAGAGAAACAUGCUGAUGGAAUUGAGAGCUGUCAACAAUAGGAUUAGAGAGUUGGAGAGUGAACAUGAGGAGCUUGAGCAGCAACUUGACCAUGAACGAGAGACACGUUUUCUGCAGGAGAAGAUCAAUGAGGAACAGUCUAAGUUCCAGGAACAAUUACAGCAGGAAAAGGUCAAGGCUGUUUCACAACUUGUGGAGAACAAAUUUUCUGAAGAAGGUUUGGAAGAAAAGAUAGAUGUCAGUGAAACUCUUAAAUCUGAGCUGUAUUAUUUGCAAGCAGAGAUAGAGCGCCAAAGAACCAGGUUCAAGGAUGAGAAUGCUCUGAUGACAACUGAAAAUGAAGAUCUUCAUGCAAAGAUAGAUGAUCUCAAGCAUGAAAUUAAAUUAAAUGAAGAGGCACUCACACAGGCAACAAUGCAAUACAGUGUACAGAUGGGCAGUCUGAAGACAGAACAUAUGACAGUUAUGUCGGAACUGGAGAAGGAACGAGCUUCUGUUGGAAAACUAGAGACUGAGAUGGAGUCACUUAGACAUCGCCUGCAUAGCACCACGACAGAAAUGGAAAUGGCAUCAAAGGCAUGGAAUGAUCUUGAAAGGGAAUUCCAGCAGAGCAGAGUUGCCUGGGAAAAGGAGAUUGAGAUAAAGGAUGAGGACAUUGAGAAGAUGAAAGAAACUAAUAGGCAACUGGUUGGGAAAUUGACAGCUGCAGAGUCUAAGGUGACCUCCAUGGAAACUGAGUUAACUGCUGCAAACACCUCCCUGUUGGAGAGAACCAAUCAACUGAAACAGAUCCGUCAUGAUUUGAACAGUCUGCAGACACUGCAAGAUAACUUUGACCAGAACUACAAGCUAGAAAAGGACCAUAACUCCAAACUGGGAAUGAAGAUUGAGAUGUUACAAGAAAAAUUAAGCCAGGCCAACCAUGAGAGCCUACAUCUGAAGCAGCAGCUGGAGAAUGUCAGACAAGCUACUUUACAGGAUGCAAGUUUGGAUGCCCAGGAAAAGCUAAACAACAUGAUCAUGUCCAUUAAGUUGGAAAAUGAAAACUCAAGGGCAGCAUUAGAGGGAGAAAAUGCCACAUUAACAGAAACCAUAACACGAUUGCAAGAAGACCUAAACAACUCUGAGAAAAAGAAAUCCACUAUUGAAAGUGACAUGCAAUCACUCAAUCAGGAACAGAGGGACACAGUGAAGAAGUUGUCCCAUGCAGAGGCCUCCUUGGAACAGGUACAUAAGAUGAAAGAGCAGAUUGAACAAGAGAGGAACCAUCUUAAAGUGGAAGUGGAGAAGCUGCAGCAGAAAUAUCAAACUGCACAUGAUAAGACUGUGGAGGCCCAGGCAAGGGUAUCAGAACUAGUCGCGCGCAUGGAGAGGGCAGAGCAGAGUUCCCUUGUCAGCAGUCAGCAGUUGGUUCAUACUUCGGCAAAUAUGCAAGCCUUCUCAAAGUCAAAGGAAGAAGUGGAAGAAAACUACCAAAGGUUACUUGUUGAAAAUACAAGAUUAGAGGCAGAAUUGAAACAUGAAAAACAACAAUCAGAGAUGUUGCACCAAGACCUACAGGAUUCACAGAAGGUUCGGAGCAGCCUUGAAGCACUAUGUUCCAACCUUAAAUCCACAAAUGCACAUCUUGAGGGCAAAUUAGGGGAGGAGAUUGCAAACCGUGCAGUACUGCAGCAGGAAGUGCAAGAUUCUAAAGGAUUGUGGGAACAGGAAGUAGUAUCUAGAUCAAAGUUGGGUUUACGGAUUGCCCAGCUUGACCGUGAGAAGCAGGAUAUUCAUGAGUCUUUGGAAGGGGAAAAGAAGAAAUCCAGGAAAGCACUUGAUGCCAAGAAAGCCACUGAAAGUAUGCUUGAACAGGAGAAAGAAAAAUUGACACAGUUUCAGCAGGAGAAUAUGACAUUGAAAGUCAGCCUUAAGAAUGCCAAGAAGAGACUCAAGAAUAAUGAUCACAGCAGCCAGCCAAGGGAAUCAACCACAGACAUUGAUGAUAUUCGAGCAGAACUUGAAGCUAAAUAUCGUAUGGAACUAAACAAGAAGCUUGAAGAGGUGAAUCGUUACCUGGAACAGCAAGCUCAGGCUCAAAAUCAACUGGAUAUAUCUCAUGGGGAGAAUGAGUCUCGGUUGGCCAUGGAUAAAAAACAUCUUGAGGUUGACAAUCUAGAUCUGAAACUCAAGUAUGAGAAGGCUGUGUCCCAGUGUGAGACAAAGGAGAUGGAAGCAAUGCGAUUGCAGGAAUUAUAUGAAAGUGAGAUGAAAUGGAGGAUGAGGCUGUCAGACCUGUUACAGCAGACUGGAAACUUCAAAUCCAAGUCCCAACUUGCAUCUGAAAGACACCGUAACAAGUUUGUUACAUCCUUCAACAACCUCAAUGUGUCCGCCAUCAGUAAUGUCAUAUCUCCAGAAAGCAGUCAUCUGAAUGCCGCAUCAGAGGAUCCUCUCAGUAACAAACUCCGUGCUGACCUUGACCGCAGCAUAGCAAAACACUUAGAAGCAGCUCCUCAUGGUGAUAUGAUGCCUGUGGUCAAGCAAACAGAAGAAUCAUCUCUCAGCACUUCCUUUGCAAGGUCUUCUGCAGAUUAUAAUGACUAUCUGAAGAGGAAAUAUUGUGUUUUCUGAUCAUGCAUUAUGGCAUUAAUGAUAUCAUUUUGCUAUUGUUUACAACCAACAGAACUUUAAACUGAUAAUUGAUGAACAGCUUUUAUGGCAUGACUGAACAUUUGAGGACAACCACAGUGUACAUUUGUUUUCCUUUCUAAUAGCCAGUUAUCUAAAGGGAGAAUAUUCUGACAGUUAUUUGUAGAAAUAUUUUUUUAUCCAAACUUUUGUACUAUUUUCUUGUAUUUCUGUGUAAAUUAGAAUUUACAUAAGCUUUCAUGGGUGAGACUUGUGAGAUCUGGCAAUUUAACUAGAAAAAAAUGUUUCCAUUUUCAGCUGUAAUGCAGUAAUUGUUAUUGUGAACUCAUUCAAUGGUUGUCAUUAACUGUCCCUUCAUCAACCCAUUUACCCAGAACCAUUCAUCUGAAUACCCUUCACUUACAAAUGUAUGAGGAUAUCAAUAUCUUAUCUCCACAUGUCAGCUAUUUUAACUCGCCUAACUUACGCCAUAACCUGGAGGCAGUGUGUGUAGAAAUCCUUUAUUAAGAAAAACAUUAACAUUUGAUGCCAGCAUAUAAUCGUUAAAAGUGUUAAAUAGCCAUCACAAAUAUAUUUUAAACAGGUUUUUUUGUAAGUUAAAAAUAGUUAUGUGUUCAUUAGAAUGUAAUUAUGAAUUGAAUUGAUUCAUUAACACAUUAAUUAACUACAUGUGACACAAAAUCUUGAGAUAAAAGGGCAAGGUCCAAAGUAUGUGGCUGUCUCCCCAAAAGUGUGAAUGUUUUUAUGACCAAACUUAAUACACAUUUAUGAUUUCUCUAGGAUAGGGCUUAUAUAAUUCAAUUCAACUGCCAAUAUUGCAUCCAUGUGAGCAAUAUUUAAACAAACUAAUUAUGGGGGUUUGCUCAAUGUGUUCAAAAUGAAAUGUAUUGUUCUCAUAUGUUUAGCUACUAUUGGAACUUGAUAUGUUCCUGUUUCUUGCUCAGUUAACUUGAAUUCUAAUCAUCUUCUGAGUGUCACAGGCUACAAUUUGUUUGUCACUAACGCUACGCCAUACUUUCCAGCACUUGUGGUCUGACAGUUACAUCCUGGGCUUUGACACAUGUAGUCCCUGCAAAUGAUGCAGAGGCAGGUCACGUGACUGCCCUCUAUAAAAACUGCAUGUGCCAAAGGCCCAGCACACAUCAUGUCAGGCAACAACUCUACUGUGUUGUUAUGAUCCACAGGUAUGUUGUAAAUUUGGAAGGAUUGUUUUAUUUUAUCAUGCAAAAUGUAUUUAUUUUCCAGGUAUAAAGUAUAUUCAAGAUAAUUCUAAACAAUGUUAUGGGGCAACUGCCACAGGGGCGUGUCACGCUUAGAAACAGCGUUAGAAAGACAUAUAGGUAUAUAGACCCUACCCUAGUACUAUAUAAAAGGAAAGGGAUGUAACGACGGAAC